CACCUUUCUGGCUGCUGGCGGCGGCGGCUGGAGCGGUACCGACUAGCGGUUGAAUGGCGCGGGGCGGAGCUGGGCGGGCAGCGGCCCUGGGCCUGGCACUGCGGCUGCUCCUUGGUCUCGGACUAGGCCUAGAGGUCGCCCCGGCUCCGAGCUCACUUAAUGUUCAUCUCUCAGGUCCCAGAGCUGGCUCGUGCCCGACAGACAGCUUCCAGUGUCUUGUCACUGGCUACUGUGUGCCCUUUUCCUGGCGCUGCGAUGGGGACCAGGACUGCUCUGAUGGCAGUGAUGAGGAAAAUUGUCGGAUUGAGCCCUGUGCUCAGAAUGGACAGUGCCAAUCGAUUGCUGCCCUUCCUUGCUCCUGUGAUCACAUCAGUGGUUGCCCUCCUGACUCUGACAAGAACCUUCUCAACUGCAGCCGCCAGCCCUGUCAGGAGGGCGAGCUGCAUUGCAUUCUGGGUGAUGUCUGCAUACCACACACGUGGCGCUGUGAUGGCCACUCAGACUGCCCUGACUCCAGUGAUGAGCUCAGCUGUGACACGGACACAGAAACUGACAAGAUCUUCCAGGAGGAGAAUACCACAACUACAACGACUUCUAUGACCCUAGAGAAUGUGACCUCUUUCAGGAAUGACACAGUUGCCUCUGCUGGGGACCCAUCCCGAAGCCCAAAUGCCUAUGGGGUUAUUGCCGCUGCUGGGGUGUUGAGUGCCAUCCUGAUUUCUGCAAUACUCCUCAUAUUGUUACGACUCUGGGGUCGGGGUUACCUGCCCCCGCCCGGCCUGUUGGUGGCUGUGAAGGAGUCCCUGCUGCUGUCAGAAAGGAAAACCUCACUUAUCUGAGAACUCACGCUCACCACCUGGCCCUGAGUGCAGUCAGACCAGGGCCAAGCCACAGUGGGACUUGCAGGCAGCUGCUGCUGGCUUCUCAGCUUCAAGACCUGGCCUCUUUUAGCCACAGAGAACUUCGAUUUUAAGCUUCUACAGAUGUGGUCCUACAGACUGGAGGUUCUCAGACACCCCCUUUGUAUGUGGACCACUUGGAUGGAGAAUUGCCAUACUCAGGACUGAGGGCCUGGCGCCAGCGUGCUCCCAAGAAAUGGGGCUAACAACCCAGGUUUAGACACUCCUGCUGCUCACGUUGAUGGGUGGCCAUUAAAGUUCCUUCAGCUCCUCUGCUGCCUCUAGCCUCUGUUUCCCUUGGCCUGGGCAGCCCAGCGUCUCCUCUGGGUCCCCUUCUGCCCUCUAAGAAGGAGCCUUCGGACAAGAGAACAUGGAGAUGUGUCCUGGACGUGCCCUCUGCUACUCUGCCUCCUUCAGAAGGUGGGGCUGGGUGUUGAGUCUACGUGUGUUAACAGUGGGUUAGUAGAAGACGAGGAGAGCUGAGGUGAUGUCUCCUCAGUGGGGAUUCUACUGUCAUGGCGUCUGCUUGGGAAGGGGAAGUAGGAGAGUAGAAGUACUAGGCUUGAUUGUGCAUACCUGUAAUUCUAGCACUGAGGAGGGUGAGGCAUGAGGAGCUGGAGGUCAAGGAAUGUCUGGGCUAUGCAGGCAGACCUUGUGUCCUUUCUUCUCCAGAUGCAGUUGGUCCAUGUUUUAUGAGACAGUUGUGUUCGAGGCUGGCAGGUUGUUUACUGUCUAGCAAUGAGUUGGCCCUGGGAGGGAAGGGCUGUCCCCAGGUGGUAACUGACGUCCCAGAUGCCUGAGCAUGAGCAAUAAAGAAAACAAGAAAAUACAGUUAACCAUGCAACUUGGCUUCUGAGUAACAAGGCAAAACUCUUCUCAGACUCUUAGCCCUUAAAUUCCUAAGCAAAUGGUGAGAACUGUUGGAGUCCCCUCACUGGCAUCUUUGGUGGCUCCUAUUAACCUGGGGUCCCAUGAUGAGGAUUGGAGCUCUGAAGCUGUGCAAGUAACAGGACCUGAGUUCAGAUCCCCAGUACCCAUGUAAAAAGCAGGAUUUGCCUAUAAUCUUAUUACUGAGGGUGGGUAUGAGGAUAGGGGGAUCCCAGAGCCUGAUAGUGUAGCCUGAGAACUUGAGAUUCAAUGAAACACCCUGUCUUAAAAAUAAAGAGGAGGGCUGGAGAGGUGGCUCAGAGGUUAAGAACACUGCCUGCUCUUCCAAAGGUCCUGAGUUCAAGUCCCAGCAACCACAUGGUGGCUCACAACCAUCUAUAAUGAGAGCUGGUGCCCUC